AUGUACACAUAUCUAUCUAUUGAGGUAUUCUUUCUAUAUACCUACAACUUGUUUCAUGACUCUCCCUUCUCCACAACUGUCUUUUUAAUGGAACAAGAAAAUGACCUCCUCGUAUGUGGUGACUGCCAAACGAACUUCCCACUUAAAGAUAUUCAGAAAUUUAUAAAACACAAAGUUCUCCGCUGCAACAAAGAAAACAUCAGCGUAUUAGACUCAGAGGCUGAAUAUGAUGACGAUGACUCUGAAAGUGAAACAAUCUCUCAGAUCGGCUCGAAACAGCCGAGCAUCUCUGCUCCUAUUGCCCGUAAAGAAUCCCAAGAUACGAAACAUUCACCUCGGCCGUCCGAACCGAUGAAGGAGCUGAAUCGGUCAUUAGACACCAACUCUAAUAAACACAAGGAGGAUGAAAACGGAAAUGACGAUAGACAUAGUUUGCCCUUAAAACCUCAUAAACUGGUAGUUGAUGCUGAGUCAAACACUACGCAUUCCGAAAAGAGUAUAUUAAUCAAUUUGUUUUUCUUUUUUCUAUUUCUUCUUUUUCUUCUUUUUCCUAUCUCUCUCUCUCUUCCUUUCUCUCUCUCUUUUUUCCUUUCUCUCUCUCUCUCUCUUCCUUUCUCUCUCUCCUCGUUUUCUCCUCUCCCUCCUUUCCCCUCAGUUUUCUUCCUCUGA